AUGUAUGUCAAAACUCCCAGUCACGACGAACUUCCACCUCCUCCUUACGAUGAGAAAAAUCAGGACAAGGGGAACGACGCUGGGCUCGACACUGACAAUGUGACUCUCUUACCUGUCGAGUUCAAAAAUACACCCGUGACUGUAGCUGACGAACCUAAAGACGCUAACUAUUCCUUACCUAUUAACACGUUAUUCAAUAAUAAAAUUCAAUCAAGUUCACCACCUCCCAUCGAUGAAAUUGCUUCAAAGAUGUCUUGCUCUUCUCCCGAAAACCUCCCACAAACACCCAUUUCUCCUUCUUCACCAACAACACAAGACGUUUACCCAACAGAAAGUGAAUUGCCAGCAACCCCAACAAGACACCUUAAACGUAUCGAGUCCGCGCCAAAUAUUCCUGCCGUUUCGAUAAGUGACAUGGAUGGUAAAGUUCCAACUCUUCCUUCCGCCAAAUCAAUGUCAAAUUUACAAAAUAAUGAUGACAAUCAAAGAAAUACUUUGAUGAUCAAUGCUAGUUCCACUGAGACGCCUAAACAGUAUCUAGAGCGAAUGCAAGAUACUUUGUCAAAAACGGAAUUGGCAUUAUUGCUAGCAAAAAAUAAGGAUGCAUUCCAUGAAGCAGUAUUCCAAGCGUAUCUUGAUUCGUUCGAGUUCCAUGAAGAUCCAAUUGACAUUGCGUUACGAAAAUUUCUCAUGGAAUGUUGCCUUCCUAAAGAAACUCAACAAAUUGAUCGAGUUAUGGAAGCUUUUGCAAAACGUUAUCACGAAUGUAACCCCGACUUAUUUCCUUCACAAGACACGGCAUACGUCUUAGCUUUUUCGUUGUUGAUGUUACAUACCGAUGCAUUUAAUAAAAGUGUAAAACGGAAAAUGACAAAAGAAGAGUUUGUCAAAAAUUCAAGAAUCGACGGUGUCCCUUCAGAAAUAUUAGAGAUUCUAUACGAUAAUAUCACAUAUACACAAUUUAUAUAUGCUGAGGAUGAUACAGACGUCAAUGGUCUGAAAUUGAUGACAUCACCAACAGAAUAUCGACAUUCCAGGUUAUUUAGCUCAUCAAGAGAUCGUAAAAAGUCUAUACGUCUUAAAAAUGACCCAUACCAUGUCAUACAAACUAAAACGCAUACAGAAUUCACGCCAACUCUUAGUGAUGUGGUUCCUAUUGAAAAUCCGUACUUAUAUAAAGGUACACUUGCAGAAAUUGACACAUUUUAUCUUCAUCGCGCUUUUACAAAUGCACAUACAAUACGUAUAACUGGAGUACGUGCUCGUCGAAAUAGUAAUGAUUCGAUUCAACCCACCAGUUCUUCAAUUCAUUCACUGGAAGAAGAAGAAAAAGGUGGAACGUUCCUUCUGAAGAUCACUAAAGCUGGUAUCCUGAGUCGUAAAGUGGAUCUUUUGGAGGGCGGAAAAAAGGCAACCGGUUUCUUAAGAAGCUGGAAGCAAUUUGGUGUCAUUUUGAGUGGAAGCCAAUUAAUGUUCUUUAAGGAUAUAACAUGGUUCAAAACUCAGAUGACGGAAUUUCUUGAUCCGUUGAAGGUGACAAAAAUUCCAGUUCUCAAACCCGAUGUGAUUCUCAUGACUGCUGAUUCCAUAGCCGUUUAUGAUAAAAGUUAUACGAAAUAUGUGAAUGUAUUUCGUCUUGUAUGUCCUAAAGGACAUCAGUAUCUUUUUGAGGCUAAUAGCGAAGAAGAGAUGAAUGACUGGAUAGUAAAGAUAAAUUAUGCAGCUGCUUUCAGAACGACCGGG